UACAUUUUACUUUUCAUUAUUCAGUUGGUUCGCCCUUUUUCAACUCACCAGCACAGAGAAAGAAAGGCAGCAGACAAAUUGCACUUUCCAUUAAAACAUCAAUCAAUCAAUCAAAUAAAUAAAUAAACAAAACCCAACUAUAAAAAUAAGUUGCAGAAAUAAUGGUGCCUUCCUUGACUCAUUUCUCUGUUUGCUUGACUGUGAUUGUGCAGUCCAGUUGCACUCAUGGUAAUGGGAAAUGCUGGUGGUAGAGAAGAUGGAGAAGGAAACUCAGGAGCAAAGAAGAAUGGAUAUGAAGUAGAUAAUGAGCAGUCUAAUUCAGACCCCAUGCUUCACUCCCCUCCCUAUAGUCCUAACGAGGCUUAUCAGCUUCCUUUCCAAUUCCCUCCACAGAUCCCUAUGUUCCCCUGGCUAAGAUCUGCUGAAAUGAUGCAAGCCCAAAAUGAUGUGCUAGUGCAAAACACUACACGCUACGAGGAUCUCCAUUGUGAGAAUAACUUGCCGUGGGAAUACAUUGAUUCAGGCAAAGCUUUGGAUUUUCAGAUCUCUGAUGCUCCCUUGCCAAGACCUGGUCAAAUGAUGCAACUCCAAAAUGAUCAACCAGUACAAAAUACAACAUAUUAUGAGGAUCUCCAAGAGGAGAAGAGAGCAGUGAUGAUAACAUGGUGCUUUGGUGGCAAGAAAGUAGCUAUUACUGGAUCAUGGGACAAUUGGAAGACCAGAGAACCCUUGCUCUCGUUGGGUAAAGAUUUCAUUAUCAUGAAGAUGCUCCCAUCAGGUGUCUACCACUACCACUUCAUUGUUGAUGAGCUGAUUAGAUAUGCUCCAAACUUACCAUGGGAAUUUGAUGAGUCUGGAAGUGCUUAUAACGUUUUGGAUUUGCAGGAGUUUGUUCCAGAAGCUCCUGAAAGCCUCUCAGAGUUUGAAUCUCCUCCUUCCCCGAUAUCAAGCUAUGACAAUCAACCACUAAAUGAUGGUGAUUUCAGCAAGCCUCCGCCCGACCUGCCUCCACAGCUCCGGACAACUUUAAUAGAUGAGCGAAGAUUCAUCAUUAGAAGUCGCAAGCCCUCGCCAAGGCCUUCUCAUACGAUGCUGAAUCAUCUUUAUGAGCAAGAUGGUGAUGAUGGUCAGUCUGUGGCUCUUUGCUCAACACAUCGAUUUCUUCAAAAAUAUGUGACUGUAGUACUAUACAAGUCCUUGCAUAGGUAAAUCAAAUCGUUAUAUCUUAAUAUAUAUUUUAAUACUGAUAUUGUUGACACGAUUAAAAGGAAAAAGUUAAAAGAUAUGGUAGGAUAAGAAAAGAUUUAGCAUAGGAUAAGUAAGGUUAUAUGCCAUAUGAACAUGCUCUUCAGUUGCUAUGCCUUUUGCACAUGAUGUUCACUUCUACUUGGAACCUUUCAAUGCCGAGUUUCCAAUUUUGUAUUGGGUUUUGGAAUGUACACAAAAGAUUCAUUUA